CUGCGCAUGCGCGCGUGUCAGAUGGGACGUAAACAAGCUACAGGAAGUGCAGCUGUUACAUUGAUCAUAGCAGGUGACAUGGAGAGGUGAUGCGUCAUCAGAGCGAACAGCCAAUCCCAGGGCAUCGUGCUGCAAGGAGCCAAUAGCAGGGCAGCGCAGAGAUGACCGAGUGUUUCCUGCCACCCAGUAGCAGUCCUGUGGAGCAGAGGAGGGCGGAGCAUCCCGGGAGUGUGGCGCGUACCCCGAGCUCGGAAGAGAUCAGCCCUACGAAGUUCCCAGGUCUGUACCGUACGGGCGACCCCUCGCCCCCUCACGACGGACACCACCAUGAGCCGCCCGACGUGGUGUCCGAUGACGAGAAGGAGCACAACAAGAAGAAGAACAAGUUUAAGAAGAAGGAGAAACGCACUGAGGGAUACGCCGCUUUCCAGGAGGACAGCUCUGCCGAUGAGGCCGAGAGCCCGUCUAAGAUGAAGCGCUCCAAGGGCAUCCACGUCUUCAAGAAGCCCAGUUUCUCCAAGAAGAAAGAAAAGGAUUUCAAAGUGAAGGAGAAGGGACCUAAAGAGGAGAAGGCCAAAGACAAGAAGUCCAAAGACCUGACAGCAGCGGACGUGGUGAAACAGUGGAAAGAGAAGAAAAAGAAGAAAAAGCCAAGCACAGAGCCUGAACCGGUGAUCACGGAGACGACGACGACGACGUUGCGGCCGAUCUUCGGAGCGCCUUUAGUGGAAGCGGUGAGGAGAACAGCGCUGUACGAUGGUAUACAGCUCCCGGCCGUCUUCAGAGAGUGUGUGGACUACAUCGAGAGCUACGGCAUGAAAUGUGAAGGCAUCUAUCGUGUCUCUGGUAUGAAGUCUAAGGUUGACGAGCUGAAAGCGGCAUACGACCGUGAGGAGUGUCCAUGUCUGGAGGAGUAUGAUCCACACACAGUGGCCAGCCUGUUGAAGCAGUACCUGCGAGAGCUGCCCGAUAACCUGCUGGGUAAAGAACUGGUCCUGCGCUUCGACGAGGCCUGCGGGCGGCCCAGCGAGGCAGAGAAACUGCAGGAGUUUCAGAGGCUCCUGGGGGAAGUGCCCUCGGGGAGCAGACUCCUCCUGGCCUGGCUCAUCACUCACAUGGACCACGUCAUCGCCCGCGAAAUCGACACCAAGAUGAACAUCCAGAACAUCUCUAUUGUACUCAAUCCCACUGUACAGAUCGGGAACCGCGUGCUGUACGUGUUUUUCACGCACGUCCGUGAGCUGUUCGGUGAUGUGCCUCUGAAGCCGGUCGUCCAUCCACUGCGCUGGUCCAAUAUGGCCACCAUGCCGACUCUACCUGAGACCCAGAAGAGCAUUAAAGAGGAGAUCCGCAGACAGGAGUUCCUCUUGAACCGUCUGCACAGAGAUCUGCAGGCCGGUGUGAAGGAUCUGUCCAAGGAGGAGAGACUCUGGGAGGUGCAGCGGAUCGUCACCGCGCUGAAACGCAAACUCCGCGAGGCCAAGAGACAGGAGUGCGAGACUAAAAUCGCACAGGAAAUCGCCAGCCUGUCUAAAGAGGACGUAUCAAAGGAGGAGAUGUCUGAGAACGAGGAGGAAGUCAUUAAUCUUCUCCUGGCUCAGGAGAAUGAGAUCCUAACAGAGCAGGAGGAACUGAUAUCUCUGGAGCAGGUUCUGCGGCGGCAAAUCGCCACAGAGAAAGAAGAAAUUGAACGAUUGCGUGCUGAGAUCGCAGAUAUACAAAGCCGUCAGCAGGGCCGCAGUGAAACGGAGGAGUAUUCAUCAGAUAGCGAGAGCGAGAGUGAAGAUGAAGAGGAACUGCAGAUGAUUCUGGAAGACCUACAGAAACAGAACGAAGAACUAGAGAAUAAAAACACUCAUCUGAAUCAGGCCAUCCAUGAGGAACAGGAGGCCAUAUUGGAACUGCGUGUUCAGCUCCGCCUCCUUCAGAGUCACAAGCUACAGCAGGAGCUCAUAGCCCCGCCCUCCGCCGAACAGGCUCCGCCCUCCCAGCCCAGCCCAGAGGAACGAUCUAAAGCGGAUGAACCAAUCAAACGUGUCGCAGCAGUCGCCAUAGAAUCCACUGCUGCUGCAGCUGCCGCCUCAACCAAUGGGAAGCCUGGAAAAGAUGCUAUGAAGCCAUCGCCCAGCAAAGACAAGGCCAACCUGUAAACCAAAUGACCAUCAUGAAACACUUCAGCUGUACUUGUGUUUGCUAAUCACAUGACUGUGACAUCUUGGGUCGAGGGUCAACAAGGUGAAGUGAGAUGUUCAUUACACUGGCAGAAAACUGGACAGCAGAUAACAGAGGGAAGAUGCGAUCGGACUCAAUCUGUGAAACGUAGGU